AGUGUUAAUUAUUUAACUGUUGCAAUAAUUAAAGAACGAAUAGAGUACUUAUUAUUAAUACAAUUAAAUAAAUAUAUAAAUCAUAUGAUGUAAGUUAUAUUGUUGUCCUCUUUAUUCUAUAUAUAACAGAGAGAUACCCACCACUACCUCUAAGCUAAGCACCUCACAUUUGUUUCCUUUUUUUCCCAUACCCCUUACUCACUUAUUUCUUCCUCCAAAAAAAAAAAAAAAAAAAAAAAAAAAAAAAACUCCCAAAUUAUAUUAUUCAAAAACAGAUAAAAAAAAACAGAGGAGUGAUCGUAUGUGAAAGGGUACAUGGUAAAGAUGGAGCAAAAUGGGAAUAUGAUAGCGCCUUUCGUGAUGAAAACGCAUCAGAUGGUUAGCGAUCCAUCAACAGAUCAUCUAAUCAGUUGGGGAAGAGCUAAUAACAGUUUUAUUGUUGUUGAGCCUUUAGAAUUUUCGCAGCGAAUUCUUCCCUCAUUUUUCAAGCAUAACAAUUUCUCUAGCUUUGUUCGACAGCUUAAUACAUAUGGAUUUAAAAAGGUAGACCCAGACAGGUGGGAAUUUGCGAACGAGUGGUUCUUGCGAGGGCAAAAGCAGCUGCUAAGGAAUAUAGCACGCAAGAAACAUACCAACCGGCCCCAUCCCCACCUUCAAGAUGCUGAUGAUCACGAGUUAUUAGUCGAAAUCGAACGGCUUAGAGAGGAGCAAAAGACGUUAGAUGAUGAGCUUAAGGGGAUGAAUCGACGGUUGGAAGCCACCGAGAGACGCCCUCAACAAAUGAUGGCCUUCCUAUGCAAAGUUGUUGAGGAUCCCGAUAUCUUGCCACGUGUCAUGAUGGAGCGAGAUCGAACUAAACAUCUAUGUAGUGGUGGUGGCGACGACGGUGCUGCCAGCCCCGAAAAACGGAGGCGGCUCUUGAUGAUGUCAUCCUCUACAUCAUCCUCCGGCAUGGCCCACUCGUAUAGUGAGGAGGACGAGGGUACGAACGCAGGGGCAAUUUCGUCAUCUCAUAUUAAUUUCGAGGUGGAUAAAUUCCCUCACUCUCCUUCGUCACCCAAUACAUGUAAUAGUCCUAUGUAUUCAAAUAGGUUACAAUAUAGUAAAGGACAGUAUAAUUGUAUUAGCGUUAAUUCUGAACCAUUACCUUUGGAUUUGGUUCCAAAAUAUGACCAUUUUCAAAGAGGUUUGGACAAUAGUGUAUAUUUAGGCCAUAGUCCUAACUACAUGACCUUGAAGGAGGAAAAUCCAUCAUAUCCAUUUUCACUUUUAGAUGGAAGCUUUUAGGUUUUUUGUGAAUUCGUUCUAUUGUACUAAAUUUGUUUUCUCAUGUGACCCUUUUUAAUUUUGUUUUCUCUUCCUUACCUUUUCUUUGUAAACAAUAGAAAUUAUUAGUGUGAACUUAUGUACUAUGUAUAUACACGUGUAAGGUUGUUAUUAGUCAAGUUUAACAUCUAUUUGAUGAAGUAGGGUCAUUAAUUAUUCAUUAUGUAUAAGUUGAUAAUGUACAAGUAUAUAGAAUUAGUGUAUAUAGUGAUUGACACUGAUUUUAUGUGUUCUUAUA